GUCUGCGGUAAAGAUCACGACACACACACACAACCCAGAAAUGGUGUAGAAUAGCAAGGAAAGAAGGAAGAAAUCCAAUCCUAGUAAAGGAAAGGCAAAGCCAAAGCUUAAGCUUGCGUCGAGUGUGGCAGCGGGGUGGUCGAGGUUCAAAGGUCAGGCAUCGGGGGGGAACAAUGGAGGGUGAGCAGAACACACCUGCCUCCAGCGCCAGUAGCAGCAACACAGGCACCAGUACCACCACCACAAACUCCACAGGCAGCACCGGUGCCUCCACUGUCAGCUCCACCAGUACGAGCAGUGGAAGACAAGCCAUUUCACAGAUAUCAGUAUACAGCAGCAUACCGGACCGACAGACUGUACAGGUGAUCCAGCAGGCCCUUCACAGGCAGCCCAGUACAGCGGCGCAGUACCUGCAGCAGAUGUAUGCAGCUCAACAGCAGCAUCUGAUGCUCCAAACGGCAGCCCUGCAGCAGCAACACCUGAGCACAGCACAACUCCAGAGUCUAGCUGCAGUGCAGCAGGCCAGUUUGGCAGCCGGUAGGCAGAGUUCAAACCAGAAUGGCACCUCAUCUACCCAGAGUGGGGCAUCGCAAACCACAAUUAAUUUAACCACCUCCCCUGCUGCUGCUCAGUUGAUCAGUCGUGCUCAGAGCGUAAACUCCACCCCCUCUGGAAUCUCCCAGCAAGCUGUAUUGCUAGGCAACGCCUCCAGCUCCACCCUGACUGCCAGCCAAGCUCAGAUGUACCUGCGUGCACAGAUGGCUCAGCAGAGUAAUCUUGUGCAUGUAGCGAGGAGUUUGGGUCGAGCUGUCCCUCUGUCCUCGCAGCUUAUUCUUGCUCCAACAGCUACAGUAACGGCUCUACAGUCUGACACGAAUGCAACCAAUAACACACAGUCUGCCUCAGCACAGGUGCAGAACCUUGCCCUGCGCAACCAGCAGGGGUCGUCUUCCUCCUCUCAGUCUUUGGGCCUCCAGGCACUGAGUUUAAAGCAGACCCCCAUCUCCAUUCAGCCCACCCCGCUCAUAAAGACACCCAGCCAGGGUACCUCCAGCACUGGUGCCGGAAAAGGUAACUUGAACACCGCUUCCUCUGAUGGCGUGAAGAAAGGAGAUAGUGAAGGACCAACAGAGAUGAAAGCAGUGAACAUGAGUCGAAGUUCCCAUCCUUUAAUCACACCAGCUUAUGCCCAAAUUCAGCCGCAGGCCCUGAUUAAGCAGCAACCGCAUAAGUUUGUCAUUCAACCCCAAGCUCCACCCACCUCCAGAAUGCAGCCACAGUUACUGCAGACCGUCUCCAUCCAGCCCCACCAACAGACAGCCACAUUGGGCAUCCAGGGUUCCACCCAGACCACCUCUGUAGCAGGGAUUAUUCCAGUUUUGCCCAAACCAGCACUGCACAACCAGGGAUCAGCUCAACAUGCCACCAUCUUCCAUUCAACUAUAAGCCACAAUGCACUUAGCCAGCAUGGCUCACACUCAGCUCUGGCCCAUGCUAAAGCUCAACCAGUCCAACUAACAGCCAUCAAUCUCCAAAUCCAAUCUGCACAAACCCAGGCUUCAAGACUUGCUCAGGAUGACAAGGAUAAGCCCACGUCAUUGGUGGUAAGAGAGAUUUGCCCGCCGGUACAAGUGAAUCCAUCCACUACAGCACAGGGCCCUGACCCCCCUGAACAAUCCAAAGUGGACACUGUUAACACUACAUCACAAACACAAGGUUCCUUGGAGUCUGCGAUUGACCACGCGGGAGCACCGGUGACAUCGUCUAUGACCUCGGGAGCCACAAACGAGCCGCCGCCGGCAGCCGUGACGGGAAGCGCGGCACAAAACGGCGAGAACAAGCCGCCUCAAGCCAUAGUAAAGCCGCACGUCCUCACACAUGUAAUCGAGGGCUUUGUUAUCCAAGAAGGAGCUGAACCAUUCCCCGUGGAGAGGCCUCCGGUUCAGGCAGACAGCCCAAAGAAACCAGACAUGCAGCUUCCCUCAGAUCCAGAAAAAACAGCCAGCAGUAAUUCCCUCAGUGCCACUAACUCAGACACUGAAGAAACUGGACAACAAGAAAUAAGGGUUCAAGAAGAAUCUGAUGAGCCCAAGCUUACCUGUGAACUCUGUGGAUGGGUCGAUUUUGCCUACAAGUUCAAAAGGUCAAAACGGUUCUGUUCCAUGGUGUGUGCGAAAAGGUACAAUGUCGGUUGCACAAAGCGGAUUGGUUUGUUCCACCCAGACAGAUCGAAAACAGCCAAUCGGUGGAGGAGAAGAUCUCAAAGUCACAGAGGCAGAGAGGCCAAGAAGCAGAGGCUCUCUGUAUCUCAGCAGUCUCAGGGAGAAUCAGUUUCCUCACCGCUCCCAUCACAGCCAAGUCAAGGAGAAUCCAGCCCCUGUUCGGACAUAUCCAGUUAUGAGGAGGCAACUUCCCCGCUCUCUGCAGCCAGUUCUGGCCCAAUCAGGUCUCAAGUUGGUGUCGCUGCUAAUGAUCCGGAAGAACUUCCUCUCCUCAGUCAGCAUUUCCUGCCAUGUGACCCAACCAAAUGGAAUGUGCAGGAGGUGUUUGAGUUCAUACGUUCUUUGCCAGGUUGCCAGGAGAUUGCAGAUGAGUUUCGUGCCCAGGAGAUUGACGGACAGGCCAUGCUGUUACUAAAGGAAGACCACCUAAUGAGUGCCAUGAAUAUUAAAUUAGGACCCGCCCUCAAGAUCUUCGCUCGCAUAAACAUGCUUAAAGAUUCCUAGCCUUGAAAGGCAGUUUAUGUGUAUUUGUCUAGUUGUGUACUGUACAGUAUAUGUGUCUUCAUGUCACCUAAACUUGACCACAGCACUCCAACUGCACAACAACUAUUUUAUUAUAAAAAAAAAUACAUAAGACAUAAAAAUGUCUUGUUGCUGUAAACAUAUUGGGGCUAAAGCCCAAAUCUGCACUUCCUGAAGAUAAGAAUUGAAGUACAUUUAACCGAAACAGAAAACUACCUAUGAAGAAUCGCACAAAUAAUGAUUUUAACCAAAUGGAAGGCUCAUGUAUUCCAUAAGUGUAAUGGAUCAGUGAUUUGGGAUUAAAUAAAUUGUUAUAUAAAAAAGUGACAUGCCAGAACUAUGUUUCAUGGAACCCAUAAGAAAACUUUGGAUUUUGUGGGUAUAACAAUGCUGCAUCCCAAACAGUACCAAGCCUACAGCUUCACAGACAAUAUGAACUGUACAGUAUAUGAUUGUUGUUUUAAGGUAUGAUUUUGUCUUAUUGUACAUGCCAGAUGCUUCUGUAUAAAUGUUCAAGUAAAUUAUUCUUACCUUCA